UAAUGAUUGACAGGCGCUGCUCCCAGGACUCCGGGUUUGCUGUGUGCACGGUCUUGCUGCUUCCCUCCCUCCCUCUCUCUAUGCACAGGCAUCAUGGCGGAUCACACAGGGCUCUAGCAAGCACACCCUCCUGGAUACCCCCUUCCCACCCUACCCCACGGGCCCUAGUGGGGGCGCAGGGCCACCAUGAGGCUGCACUGAGCUCCCUGUGCUGCCAGGAUUCGGCUGUUGCUGUGGUUGCAGCCGCCUCUCGCCCUCCCUCAGCUGGAUUGUAACUUCUGUUGGACGAGACCGCAUAAACACCACCCUGGAGGGAGGAAAACAAGCCGUCCCUGGAUCCCUGCACUAGAUCACCGGAUCCCUGGAUCCUAUCACCACCCAGUGCAUUGGAUUGCUGCACCUCAAGCCCAUUGCCCCCCGAUACUUGGUCGUUUGCAGCAGAUCACCGGAUCCCUGGAUCCCUGCACCCGGGGGGGAGACGAGCGGGGUUCCUACAGAUGGUUCUUUAUGGAAUACAGGGGUUGUGAGGACUGACAGCUGACCGGAUUCUUCUCAUAAGGGCAUCAUGGCUUCCUGGCAUGCUCUCCUCUUGCUGGCGUGCUCUAUGACAUGCAUGGGCGCAGAGAACAUCACACUAGUUACCCCUACUCCAAGCAUCCUGAAUGUUACUUCUGGUCCUACGCAACAGAUUCCGCAGGCACUGCCAAGCACGGGCAGUGAUGCCAACUCUGAUAGUACAGAUAAUAAGCUGGAUUCCGCCAACGCCACAACCACUGCCACGGUCAUCCUCGCACCUACCUCCAAUGUUACGUACAAUGUCCCCACCGUAAAUCCCACCAGCAACGACACGGACUCCAGUAACCACACACUGUUUGACAAUGUCACUGCUCAUGCCACCACUGUCAGCCCUGUGGGUAGGACAAGCACCCCGCUGAUCCCCAUCAUUGAUGAUAAAACAGCAGAGGUCAUCUCGGAAUCAAGUCCGACCUGGAAAAUCUCAACCGAUGACAGCAUCACAACCACAGGUGCCCCAGAGGAAGGUCAAGAUGAGACCCCCAUUAUAGCAGUCAUGGUGGCGCUGUCCUCUCUCCUCAUGAUCGUCUUCUUCAUCAUAGUGCUGUACAUGCUGCGUUUCAAGAAGUAUAAACAAGCAGGGAGUCACUCCAAUUCUUUCCGGCUGUCUAAUGGAAGGGCUGAUGAUCUGGAACCCCAGAGCAUGCCGCUUUUGGCGAGAUCUCCCAGCACCAAUCGCAAGUACCCUCCGCUGCCUGUGGAGAAACUGGAGGAGGAGAUAAACCGCAGAAUGGCCGAUGACAACAAGCUCUUCCGGGAAGAGUUCAAUGCUCUGCCGGCCUGUCCCAUCCAAGCUACCUGUGAAGCCGCCUCCAAGGAAGAGAACAAGGAGAAGAACAGAUAUGUGAACAUCUUACCUUAUGAUCAUUCCAGACUUCACUUGAGCCCCAUUGAAGGAGUUCCAGAUUCUGACUACAUUAAUGCCUCCUUCAUCAAUGGUUACCAAGAGAAGAACAAGUUUAUAGCGGCCCAAGGUCCAAAAGAAGAAACGGUGAAUGAUUUCUGGAGGAUGAUUUGGGAACAGAACACAGCGACCAUAGUCAUGGUGACAAACCUGAAAGAAAGGAAGGAGUGUAAAUGUGCCCAGUACUGGCCGGACCAGGGGUGCUGGACCUACGGAAAUAUCCGGGUGUCUGUAGAAGAUAUGACAGUCUUGGUGGACUACACCGUACGCAAGUUCUGCAUCCAGCAGGUCGGUGAUGUCACCAAUAAGAAACCUCAGCGCCUUGUCACCCAGUUCCACUUCACCAGCUGGCCUGAUUUCGGGGUGCCUUUUACUCCCAUUGGGAUGUUAAAAUUUCUGAAAAAAGUGAAAACCUGCAACCCGCAGUACGCCGGACCCAUUGUUGUGCACUGCAGCGCUGGGGUGGGCCGCACCGGGACGUUCGUCGUCAUAGAUGCCAUGCUGGAUAUGAUGAAUGCAGAGAAGAAGGUGGACGUGUACGGGUUCGUGAGUCGGAUCCGGGCUCAGCGCUGUCAGAUGGUACAAACAGAUAUGCAGUACGUCUUCAUCUAUCAAGCGCUGCUGGAACAUUUCCUAUAUGGAGACACGGAGCUGGAGGUGACGUCUCUAGAAACACAUCUCCAGAAGUUGUACAAUAAAAUCCCUGGGACCAACAGCAACGGCCUGGAGGAAGAGUUUAAGAAAUUAACGUCCAUUAAAAUUCAGAACGACAAGAUGAGGACGGGUAACCUGCCGGCCAACAUGAAGAAAAACCGGGUCCUCCAGAUAAUUCCAUAUGAAUUCAACAGAGUCAUUAUACCAGUCAAGAGAGGAGAAGAAAACACAGACUAUGUGAACGCCUCCUUCAUAGAUGGCUAUAGACAAAAAGACUCGUACAUUGCAAGCCAGGGUCCUUUACGUCACACCAUCGAAGAUUUCUGGAGGAUGAUUUGGGAGUGGAAGUCAUGUUCUAUAGUAAUGUUAACCGAGCUGGAGGAGAGAGGACAGGAGAAGUGUGUACAGUAUUGGCCGUCAGAAGGCAUCAUGCCAGUCGGGGACAUCACUAUAGAACUAAAGAAGGAGGAGGAAUGUGAAAGCUACACAGUGAGAGAUCUGCUGGUCACCAACACCAGGGAAAACAAGGCUCGUCAGAUACGACAAUUUCACUUUCAUGGGUGGCCAGAAGUUGGGAUCCCAACUGAUGGGAAAGGGAUGAUCAACAUCAUUGCUGCUGUACAAAAACAGCAACAACAGUCCGGGAACCACCCAAUCACUGUGCACUGCAGUGCUGGAGCGGGGAGGACGGGGACUUUCUGUGCCCUAAGUACAGUACUGGAGAGAGUGAAGGCAGAGGGAAUUUUAGACGUCUUUCAGACCGUGAAAAGCUUGAGGUUACAGCGGCCACACAUGGUCCAGACACUGGAGCAGUACGAGUUCUGCUACCGAGUGGUGCAAGAAUAUAUCGACGCGUUCUCAGACUACGCCAAUUUCAAGUAAAACCAAGAGGAGGACACGACGUGGCCUUUAAUAUUUUGUAAUAUUCUAUUUGUUAAUAUCUAGAUCAGUGUAUAUAUCUUAACUGUUUUAGAGGAUUGGUACAAUGUGCUUUAUAUUAGCUGGACAUUUUAUAUGUAGCAAAGUGAUUAGUGCCGAUAGCCAUUUAGGGUUUUUUUAUUUUUUUUUUAUUUUUUUUAUUUGAAUACAAUAGCUUGAUGUUUGGAUUAAUUUUAUUAUUAUUAUUAUUUUUUUUUUAAUCCUAUCCCUCAUUCAUUCAUUCAUUUGCAUUGACACAAGCUCCAUCGCCUAACCUGACAGGAAGAAGCCUUUGGAAGCCAUUUUUUUUUUUUUUUUUUUUUGUAAAGAGACUUAUGGGAAACACAGCAGCAUAGCCGACACAUUUUACUGCCGUUCCAAAUGCGUUUCAUGAAUUUAUUCUGUAAAUAAUUAUAUAAAUAGAAAUUAUAUAAUAGAUUUUUGUAUAAAAAAAAGAAGAAAAAAAAAGACAAAGAUGAGCCUAUUUAGUGUUGAGAUUAUGGCUGCCAGCAUUUUUCGGUGCCGGUGAGGUCUCAAUUUGUGACAGGCUGUAAAACGAGCCUUUUAUUGCAAUGCAGGUCUAAUGGGGGGGAAUGGGGGGUAGGUUGACAGUCCUAACCUGAAUAUGCUGCUUUGUAUCACAUAGGGCUAAUCAUUGUACAUUCCAGGCAUUGAAAAGUAUCCGACCUGUAACCAAGUCAAGUUCUGCUCAUCGAGGAUCAGGUCUCCAUCAUGUACACGUAACAUAGACAGCCAUUUGGUCUUCUCCAAUCCUGGUAACCCUUAUACGUUGGUGGAUACUAUUGAAUCCUUAGGAGACCUCAUGGACAACUCCUUUCGGCCACCAAUGGUGGCUCCAUAUCUGCAACGGAUGAGCGCCAUUAUCAUGAACAUUGACUAUGCUCACAAAAUGACUUACCUAUGGCUGGGUGGUGGCACUUAUAACAAAGGGGUUGUGUCUACGUCCAUGUUGGUUGAGUCACAGACAUUAAAAGGGGUACGCCGCUGCUCAGCGUUGGCAACAAACUGACUUCAGGAGCUCGUGACUUCAUAACCCCGCCCCCCUCAUGACGUCAUAGUCCCGCCCCCUCAAUGCAAGUCUAUGGGAGGGGGCGUGACACGCCCCCUCCCAUAGACUUGCAUUGAGUGGGCGGGGCUAUGAAGUCACGAGCUCCUGAAGUCAGUUUGUUCCCAACGCUGAGCAGCGGAGUACCCCUUUAAUGAAUUCGCAGGCUCACUUAGUGGCCGAGACCGUAAAACGCCCGCCACCAACUCUCCAUUGCCGAAAAAGUUGUAUUCUAAAGAAACGGACUCUUUAACAGUCAGUCUGGCUGAAUGGACAAGACCUAUGGCGGAAUCCAGAUUCUUGCGCCUUUUUUUUUUUUUUUGGUUUCGGCCCAACGUUCCGGGUUCAUCGAUGAUACCACCAGUUCUAUGAACUUUCCUCCAGUUUUAUGCAGAACUCUAAACCAAAGGCGUUCCUCAUACUAAUGUCAUUAGCGAUAGAAAACAUGGACUGUAAAAAAGAAAAAUCCCAAUGGAUGGUUUUGUUUAUUGGUGUCGUUUGCUGGCAAAGAAGUCUAUUUUAAAGGGCAACUCCAAUCAAAAUUGUACAUAUUUAGGUAGAUAUUUUUGCCCAUUUGGGGUGGUGUUCCAGUACUUAGUGGUGUGGUAAGGAUAGGCUACGCUACUUGGGUGAAUGACAACUAUUUUUUAUUAGUCGUCGUUUCCCCCUUUAGCGGCAAAGGGCAUCAAGAGCCAUAAAAAAGAAAGGAAUAAUGAGGCAUUAUUGCCAUUUUUAACCAAUUCUUCACCAUUUUCCAAUUUUUAGGUUCGAUUAAUUUUUUUUUUUAAAUUAGAAUCUCCAGGGUAUAGAAAGACUUUCGGAAUAGUGUAAUCAGAGGACACUUUAGAAUUUCAACCCGGAUCCUUGAUAUCAAUUGUGAUCGGAGUUGCCCUUUAAUGUGCCCCACACAGUGUAGAUAUUUUACCUGAAAACCUUUUUGUGGCACCCUAUGUUCAGUUUUAUUUUAUUUUUUUUAAAUUGACUUAUACUUAAAGUAUCGGUGAUGAAAAUGAAUAAAAAAAAAGAACCUGCUGCCAAUGUAGAGAGCUGGGGCCAAGGUUCCUAUUGUCUGUA